AGGGGGGGGGACCGGGGCGCACGGCUUGUGUACGGCCGGCCGGUCCAGCUGCACUCGCUCCUCUCUGCCGCUGCUGCCUCAGGGGGAAUUAAAUUAUUUCAAAACAACCGCACAAGAGGAGGAGGUGUACUGGCAAAGUAGAGGAGGCUGACAAGAGAGUGGAAGUCAAAGAAUAUGACGGUGGAGUUUUGGGACCCGCUGUAAAGGGGACGGCGAAGGAGAGGAGGCGAGAUGGCAGUGCAUGUUUUCAAAUGCCUGCGCCGGCCCGGGCGCUAAAGAACAACCAACAGCCGUCUGUGGUUGUGUGUGUGUGUGUGUGCGUGCGUGUGCGAGAGAGGUGAGUUUGUAGGCCCACCCAGUGUUUUGACGAGAGAGUUAUGGAAUAUGAAGAGCCCGACGUGCCCCCCGCUGACACCCCCAUCAAAAGAGGAGGAGUCGUGUCCAAGAAGACUCAUUUGACCCAGAUUGAAGUUAUCCCAUGCAAGAUCUGUGGUGAUAAGUCCUCUGGAGUGCAUUAUGGAGUCAUUACUUGCGAAGGCUGCAAGGGAUUUUUCCGACGCAGCCAGCUGCCCACUGUAUCCUACUCAUGCUCCAGGCAGAGUAACUGUCAGAUUGACCGAGCCAGCCGCAACCGCUGCCAACACUGCCGUCUGCAGAAGUGCUUGGCACAGGGCAUGAGCAGAGAUGCUGUGAAGUUUGGACGGAUGUCAAAACGUCAGAGGGAUUCUCUGAUCGCUGAGGUGGAGAAGCACCGUCAGCAGCAGCAGCAACAGCAGCAACUUCAGGGUGACACCCAGUCCGUGUUGUCCUACCCCACCAAAGCCAGACAAGACCGCUCCCCCCAGCUCCUUCAGCCCAUGGCUUCGGCCUACUCCUUCGCUGGCGAGGCCGACCUGCUGUCCUACGCUGCUGAUGUUCACCCUUACCUUGUGUGCUCCCCGAACGAGUCGCAGGUGCAGGGAAUGAUCUACCGCGGCUCCGGUGUCUCUCCCACGUCGAGAUCCCAGGGGAGGGGGGACAACAGUGGACAUCCUGACAUGAGAGCAUUUGACUCCAGGCAGCCAUCUCAUGAUCUGAUGGGGAUUCAUCCCUACAACCAUCUGGAGGACCCUUACAGCAUGUACCCUCACUCCCUGCGAAACAUAGACGAGCUGUGUGCCAGCAUUGUGCGCUCCCACCGAGAGACCAGCCAGUACAGAGUGGAGGAGCUCCAGGCGCUCAAAUGGAAGGUGUUCAGCAGAGAGGAGUACCAGGCCUACCAGAGCAAAUCAGUGGAUGAGAUGUGGCAGCAUUGUGCCAUUCGACUGACUGAUGCCGUGCAGUAUGUGGUGGAGUUUGCGAAACACAUCCCAGGCUUCCGCAUGCUCAGCCAGAACGACCAGAUUGCGCUACUCAAGACGGGCUCCAUGGAGGUGGUUCUGGUCAGGAUGAGUCGGUUCUUCAACACAGAAAACAACACCGUCUUCUUUGAUGGGAAAUUUGCUGGAGUUGAACUCUUCAAGUCUCUGGCAUGUGGUGACUUGAUCACAGCAGUGUUUGACUUUGCUCAUGAUAUGUGUGCUCUGAAGCUCACCGAGCAGCAGAUCGCUCUCUUCAGUGCUCUGGUGCUGAUCAACGCAGACCGUCCUUGUCUGGAGGAUAGGGGCAAGGUUCAGCGGGUGCAAAGAAGCGUGGAGAUGGGACUCACACACAUUCUACACCGAGAUAACCAAGACAGUCUAAUGCACAAGCUGUACCAGAGGAUGGCAGUGUUGCGUUCGCUGUGCAGUCUUCACAUGGAGAAGCUGCGCUGGUUCAGUCAGCGUUACCCUCUCACUGCUCACUCUCUGUUCCCUCCACUCUACAAAGAGCUGUUUGCCUCUGAGGCAGAGCUGCUGCCGGGGACCACUCACUGAAGAUUCACUAGAAUAUGCAAAGACACACACACACAAACACACAUACAUACAUACAUAGACACACAUUGUUUUAUCACUGACAGAAUCUAUUUUUCUAAUAAUGAAAUUAAAUGAGAAAAGCACAGUAAUCAUAGUGUGUUAAGUAUUACAUGACUUCCAGCAGAGCUUUGAUUUGGUAGAUUAUGUCAAACAUGAAUUUCAGUAUUUUGAUAGCUUAAAACUAUUUUGAUUAUUCCAGGGAAACGUGCGUUUUGUUGUUCUUUGAUGCUACAUUGUCAGUGGGGUACAGGAUUCAUUUUCUCUCAGGAUGUGCUAGUGUGAUUCUGUCCAGUUACAGACAGAGAGAUUCAAAGAGGCAGGAGAGUGGCAGCAUUGUCAAUUAAAACUUAAAGUGGUGGUCCUCACAAAAUCUGUCUUUAAAAUAUAAAACAUGUAGGAAAAUUUGCUUAUUCUUUUGUGGACGUCAUCAGUCGUAGUCAGCUUUGAGUCACAGAAGGCUCCAGUUCAAGUUUAUUUGUUUUGCACAUUCUGAAAUAUAAAGAUAGAAUAUAAAAUGUUACAUUAAAAUACAAAGAAAGAAUAAUACAUUGACAACAAAUUUGGUGGCUAAGCCAAAAAGCCAAGAAGCAUACACUAUCAUGCGGCUCCCCUCCUUGAGAAGUAAAUUUAAAAACAUAAAGUAAUAAAAAAUAACAAUAUACUUUUGCAAUACACUUACAAAUGUUUCACAACAUUAUGUUACACAACCCACUCAGCUGUAUAUUCAUGUGUUCAGUGUGUCCAUAUCUGGAUAAAUUAGUUCACUGCUCUACUUCUAAGGCACGAUCCUCUUGUUGCUUGUUAGUAACCACAUACAUUAGCUUGCGCAAUAGAAACAGAUCCACCUGCUCAUACUCAGUAUUUAAGCCUCUAAAGAUUCAGUUUUGGCUGCAGCAUUGCUUUAAUCCAAACGUGGGAGCCUAAUGGCAGAGACUCAGAGAAGCAACAGCACACAUGGGGGAAGCAGAGAAAGUUUUAUCUUUGUGAAAUGAUAUUCUGAUACUACCGACAGGAGACUUGAAAAUAGGCUGUGCCCACAUCAGGUCAGAGCUCCUAGAUUGAUUGGCAUCAGUUCAGCAUCGUCAUUGAAUUACGCUGUUUGUGAAGUAAUGUUUGAUAUUUGAAGGUAAAUACAUGGCAGAGCAAGUAUUCCCUAGAAAAUGUGAAAAAUUGGAAGAGUUCAGAUUCGUCCCUUUUCUCUUCCUCAGUCAGAAAACUACUGCCUGUUUUUUUUCUGAAUGUGACAAUAUCAUACUCAAUGCUAACACGCCCACCAAAAAACAAACACUUCUUUGUAUCUAUAGGACUCUAGAGAAGUGUUUCUCCUCAGGUUGAUGUUGUCACAGAUUGACUAAUAAGUCCAACAAAGCAGCAGUACCUCUAAUAUUUUUAUCCCUCUGUGUUUGAAUGAAUCCGUACUGGCUUUUGUAUCUUUCAAGCUUUGAAAAGAUGUUGCAUUAAAUGUAGAAAAACUAUUCAAUUCAACAUAUGGAGAUGCUGUAGAAGUCUCUUCCUCUGUGUGCAAACCUUUCCUUUUUUUCCCCAGACUGACUUGCAUAUGUUUUGUUUUCUCUACAUAUCUUUGAACAAAGCCACGAGUGAAGAGGCAGUGAUGAGAGGUUUCAGCAUUAAGUACUGUAUGUCCUGAUUGUAGUCCUUUCUGUUUCUGGAACAGCUGAAAUUAUAAUGAAGAUAAGUCCAUGUAAAUCUUCUAAUAAACUGCUGAGGCUGUGACACCAA